CGGACACUCAUGCUUGACAGCGAUCGAUAAGUUCGUCGGGACUGAUUUGGGGUCGGUAGGCGUGUUUCUGUCCGCUGGGUUUGUUGUUGUUGUGGUCGGAGGAGUUUUCUCGGGCUGGCUGCUCAUCCUGGCCUGUUGGGAGGGUUUUGGUCCGUAUGAGGCCGCGGUAUUGCAGAUGAGCCAUCAGUGGGGGCUGUCGUGUCGCAGACCCAGAUAGUGACUGGCGGCUGCGGCUGCGGCCCCGCCCCCUCCCAGCAUGCCCAACGCUGUUCGCGCGGGGAGUCUGAAGGACCCUGAGAUCGCAGAUCUCUUUUUUAAAGAAGACCCUGAAAAACUCUUCUCAGACCUGAGAGAGAUUGGUCAUGGCAGCUUCGGCGCUGUAUACUUUGCACGAGAUGUGCGGACCUCAGAGGUGGUUGCCAUCAAGAAAAUGUCAUAUAGUGGAAAACAGUCCAAUGAGAAAUGGCAGGAUAUAAUAAAGGAGGUGAAAUUCCUUCAGAGGAUAAAGCACCCAAACAGCAUAGAGUAUAAAGGAUGUUACUUGCGAGAGCACACAGCAUGGCUGGUUAUGGAGUAUUGUCUGGGGUCUGCCUCAGAUCUCCUCGAGGUACACAAAAAACCUUUACAAGAGAUGGAAAUAGCAGCGAUUACUCAUGGUGCUUUGCAGGGGUUGGCAUACCUUCACUCUCACAAUAUGAUUCACAGGGAUAUCAAGGCUGGGAACAUCCUCCUCACAGAGCCUGGACAGGUGAAGCUGGCAGAUUUUGGUUCUGCUUCAAUCGCCUCUCCUGCUAAUUCAUUUGUGGGUACUCCUUAUUGGAUGGCCCCUGAGGUGAUCCUGGCUAUGGAUGAGGGUCAGUAUGAUGGAAAGGUUGACAUCUGGUCUCUAGGAAUAACCUCUAUUGAAUUAGCUGAAAGGAAACCUCCACUCUUCAACAUGAAUGCAAUGAGUGCCUUAUACCACAUCGCGCAGAAUGAGAGUCCAACCCUGCAGUCCAGCGAAUGGACGGACUACUUCAGAAACUUUGUGGACUCCUGCUUACAGAAGUUGCCCCAAGAUAGACCCAACUCUGAAGAACUGCUGAAACAUGCGUUUGUCCAGCGCGAACGGCCAGAGUCGGUGCUUAUUGACCUGAUUCAGCGCACCAAAGAUGCUGUAAGAGAGCUAGACAACCUGCAGUACCGCAAGAUGAAAAAGAUCCUCUUCCAGGAGGCUCACAAUGGCCCUGCGGCAGAGGUCCCGGACGACGAGGAGGAGGUGGAGCACAGUGUUGGCCGCACAGGCACAGUGAACAGCGUGGGCAGUAACCAGUCCAUCCCUAGCAUGUCCAUCAGUGCGAGCUCACAGAGCAGCUCGGUUAACAGCCUGCCUGACGCCACAGACGCCACUGAUGAUAACAAGAGCGAGGUGGACCUGAUGGAGAAAGACCAAACCAUCAUACCCAACAGUUCUAUGAUUCACGUCAAACCGGAGGAAGAGAGCUACCAGGAAGAAACCGAGGCUCAGAAACAGCCCACAGAGCCCCAGUCUCCCCCAGCACAGACACCACGGCGUCAGUACCGGAAUCGAGAGCACUUUGCCACCAUCCGCACAGCCUCCCUGGUGACCCGUCAGAUUCAAGAACACGAGCAGGACUCUGAGGUGCGCGAGCAGAUGUCUGGCUACAAACGAAUGCGAAGGCAGCACCAGAAACACCUUCUGGCUCUUGAGAACAAGCUGAAGGGCGAGAUGGACGAGCACAGACUCAAGCUAGACAAAGAACUGGAGAACCAGAGGAACAGCUUCGCUGCUGAAAUGGACAAACUCAUCAAGAAGCACCAAUGCACCAUGGAGAAAGAUGCCAAGACUUUUACCAACGAUGAAAAGAAAUUCCUGCAGCACAUUCAGAGCCAGCAGAAGAAGGAGCUCAACAGCUUCCUAGAGUCUCAGAAACGCGAGUACAAGAUGCGCAAGGAACAGCUCAAAGAGGAGCUGAAUGAGAACCAGUCCACACCGAAGAAGGAGAAGCAGGAGUGGCUGUCCAAGCAGAAGGAGAACAUCCAGCACUUCCAGGCAGAGGAGGAGGCCAACCUGCUCCGCCGUCAGCGGCAGUAUCUAGAGCUCGAGUGCCGUAGGUUUAAACGGCGAAUUCUCAUCGCACGUCACAACGUGGAGCAAGAUCUCAUGAGAGAGGAGCUGAAUAAGCGUCAGACGCAGAAGGAUCUAGAGCAUGCCAUGCUGCUCCGACACCAUGAGUCUAUGCAGGAGCUGGAGUUCAGACACCUGAGCAACAUCCAGAAGAUGCGUGCGGAGCAGAUCCGCCUGCAGCACCAGACAGAACUCACCAACCAGCUGGAGUACAACAAGCGCAGGGAGAGGGAGCUCAGACGCAAACACGUCAUGGAGGUCCGACAGCAGCCCAAGAGCCUCAAGUCCAAAGAGCUCCAGAUCAAGAAACAGUUCCAGGAUGCAUGCAAGACCCAGACCCGGCAGUACAAAGCCCUGCGAAACCAGCUGCUGGAGAGCAUGCCGAAACCUGAACACAAGACCAUGCUGAAGAGACUGAAGGAAGAGCAAACCAGGAAACUAGCCAUCCUUGCCGAACAGUACGACCACACCAUCAACAACAUGCUCUCCACACAGGCUUUGCGUCUAGACGAGGCGCAGGAGGCAGAGUGUCAGGUGCUGCGCAUGCAGCUGCAGCAGGAGUUGGAGCUGUUGAAUGCAUAUCAGAGUAAGAUCAAGAUGCAGACGGAUGCACAGCAGGAGCGAGAGAGGAAGGAGCUGGAGCAGAGAGUGUCCCUCCGAAGAGCCCUACUGGAAACUAAGAUCGAAGAAGAGAUGUUGACCUUGCAGAACGAGCGCACAGAGCGGAUCCGUAGCCUACUGGAGCGCCAGGCCCGAGAAAUUGAAGCCUUUGACUCAGAGAGCAUGCGCUUGGGCUUUAGCAACAUGGUGUUGGCUAACAUUUCUCCUGAGGGCCUCAGCCACAGCUUCCCUGGGGCCCCGGCCAGUUGGAUCCCCCAUCAGCAUCACUCAGAUGGCUCUCAGGGGACACAGUGGGGCAGCAGCUCUGGUUCAGGGUCCGGCCACCACUACCACUCCAGUCAGGGAGGAGCACAGGCCCAGCAGGGCUGGGGCCAAGCCAUCCCAGGAGGUGGGCUUCCUCCAUGGGGCCACUCCCCAUCGGGCCCCCAAGGGGCCAUGCCAAAAAGCAGCGUGGGGAUGCGGAACAGCCCUCAGGCACUUAGGAGGACCACCUCAGCGGGGCGCACUGAGCAGGGCAUGAGUAGGAGCACCAGCAUCACAUCUCAGAUAUCCAACGGUUCGCACCUGUCCUAUACAUAGACACCAGUGCGUUUGUGCCAACCCUGCACACACAAAAACACACACUCACACAGGGUAGGGGAACGCACUGGCCCACACUAAAGACUGGCACAGAGAGCAGAGCUAACUGCACUUGUCUACCUAUCUCCCUCUUUUUCCUUCUCUUUCUCAUUUCACUUUCCUACAUGCAGACGUGCAUGUAAACGAUAGUAAGUAUCGCUCAGGUCAAAAGAUAUUCUAAUUUUGCAUAGACUUGUUUGACAGCCAUGCAGAGCUAAAAACACUAGUCUGAUUUCAAGCUCACUUGAUGAGAUUCAUUUAAUGCUAAAUGUUAUAGAGAAAGAUAUAUAUAUAUAUGUAUAUAUAUAAUAGAUGUUUAUUAAUUUAGCUUUAGUCCACUUAAUGUGGAUUCAUAAACCAAAAGGAUUUUAAAAGGCCAUAAUUUUUAAGAUUUGCAUCCGUAAUGAUUAUGUAAGUAUACAGUCUAAGCUGUCAGCCUGCUGUCAUGCUCUUAGGAAAAACAAUUUGGGUUUUAAACGAAUUAAGAAAUGGAUUAAGUGUGCAGUACGCUGUAAAAAAACAAUUUGUUGAUUCAACUUAAAAUAAUUUGUUACCUAGCUGCCUUAACUUGAAAAGUUAAGUUGUAUUAAGUGACAACUUAGAUAUUUGAGUUCAUUCAACUUAAACAACAAGCCCAGCUUUUAAGUUUAACAAACCAAAUUGGUCGUUUAAUCAACUCAUAUCUUAAGCUUUUACUUAGUACAACUUAACAUUUUAAGUUGAUUAAACUUAUUUGAGUUGACGGUACUUAGUCUGCAUGGUAACAAAUUAUUUUAAGUUGACUCAAAUUGUGUUUUUUUUUUUUUUUUUACAGUGUAUAUGUGAUGUCUGGGUUAGGACGAGAGCUGGCCAAUAUGUUGAUUUUAAGUGAAAGUGUUUUAGUUGUCAGAUGUUUGCCUACAUCAAGUACUGUAUUCAGAAAUUAAUGUGAAUAAAAAUACAUUUCACUAGGUUCAAAACUUGUCACUUGUUCAGUCAGCUUGUUUAAAGGUCAACGGGGCUGUCUUGCCCAAGCAGUGUGUUUUUGCAGAGUUAAGCGUUUUUUAUAUCUCCAGCAUACUUUUUGUUUGGUCUUUACUUGUAUUAAGCAACCUAAUUAUGGCCAGACAACCUGUCUACAGUCUUCUUAGCAUUUUGAAACACACUUUAUUUUAUUAGGUCAGCCAGCUUUCAUCUGGAUCAGGUGUCCAGACGCAUUUAGAUGUGGUGCUUUCUUGAUUAUUCGUUGUUAUGUGAUGUUUUAGGUGUGCAGUGCCAGCUUAAAGAUAUCAGAUAUAUGUUCAGUGCCUUGAAUGUGUUAAUGGUUUAAUUACUCAGUAGAAACAUGCCAAGAUGAAUGUUUUUGUGUAGCUCCCAAAUUUAGUUUAAUUACAUUCCCCAAGCUAGUAUUUGUCCAUUUAGGAAGAGUGUGAAUAUAUUUGGUUGUACACCUAUAUUAUCCCGCUAUGUAAAGCUAAACUCUUAUGUUAAGAAACUUUUGAGGUGCCUUUGAAAAGCUGCCAAGCAGAAGCACUUUAUGUAGUGUUGUGUUUUGAGGAAUAUUUUUACAGCGUUCUCAACUAUGAAAAUGACUAAUGCAGCCGUGAACUGUAGUGUGUGAUGGCGGAUGUCUAGUAUGUUUAUUGUUACUUUCAGUGGUCAUUUUAAGGAAGUGAUAGAUAUGAAUUCGUCAGUGGUUUUAGUACAGUACUGUCAUGAUUUAUCAAAUGAAAUAAUGCAGAAACUGUUUGAAUGUACUCUGUCCUCCAUCAGGUUUGUGUCAUGUUUUUGACACUCUGGGAAUGUAAUGAAUUGUGGGAGCAUGAACGACUUCCUUUUUUUCUGUAGGUCAUGACAGCAGGCUUUGUUAUGUGACACUUAACUGGCUCUUUUGGAGCGGGCAAACACUCAUGAUUUGGUCUCAUGACCUUCACACUAAAUAGCAAACGGUGUGUUCACUGUUUCAUGCUGAUUCACUACCAGUCAAACAUUUGGACACAUCUACUGCUUAUUAUAGUAUAUCCAGUAUAUACACACUACCAUUUAAAAAGUCUGGGGUCAGGAAGAUCAUUUAAGCAGGUUUCUUAAAUAUAAAUUUAAUAUAACUGUUUUCGGUUUUAAUAUAUUUAAAAAUUGUAUUUAUUUCUGUGAUGGCAAAGGUAAUUUUAAGCAACCUUUACUCCAGUCUUUAGUGUCACAUGAUCCUUCAGAACAGUUAUGCUGGUUCAUAUUUUUUGGAAAUCAUGAUCAAAUUAUUUCAGGAUUCUUUGAUGAAUAGAAAGUUCACAAGAACAUAAUUUAUUUCAAAUAGGUCAAUUACGGUUAUUGAACAAGUAUUUACAAGGAAUAACCAUCUUUGGAAAAUUACAUCGGGUGGAGGUUCUAAAUUUUGGCUUUGAUUACUUGUUGAUUAAUCAUCCAGCCCUAUUUGGAUAACAUUAUAAAUGUCUUUACUGUCACUUUUGAUCUAUUUAAUGUGUCCUUGCUGAAUCAAAAUUAUUUCUUUAAAAUAUUAUAGACCUCAAACUAUUGAAUCGUAGUGUAUAUUAGAGGAGAGUAGCCAAACUUCAACCAAUUAGCUUUUGCCAAAACAUUUUUCCGCACUGCUUUUCACUACAUGCAUACAAGAAAAUAUUAUAUAAAGUACAUAGUAAUUAUAAGUUUACAAAAAGGAGAGAUGCCAAGCAGAGACGUUUGUGAACGUGUGUGUCGGUGUGUGUGAUGAUGACUCACUUAUUUUGAGUUUUAAUCAGUUCAAUCUAAAAGAUUCACAGACAUGAAUCAAACUUACCAGCUUUAUCAUUCUAAUUACAUGAUCUUUAGGAAAGGCCAAAUUCUCUCAGCCACGUUUAUGAGGUUUAUCCUUGUAUGUUUUUUACAUAGUAUUGCAGUUGACGCAAUUGCAUUCAGUCAGGCGUGUCCAUGUUUGACUGGUAGUGUCUAUAAAGUACAUGUAUUUUAUUAAAUCAGUAGCUGCCCCAAAGAUUCUAACAGCCAAAAAAGGUAUUUUCUCCCCAUUUGUUGGCUGUUCUAAGUGACUGAGUCCAUGAGUAGAGUUUCCUCUUAAACAUGCAGGGAUCUUUUCCCCCCUUUCCCCCUGCUCUCUUUCUGUCCUCUGUGCCGCCCGUACCGCAGGUGUCAGUGCCCAGUAUUGUGCGGAUAUGAGCUGUGCUGCCGAUGCCCCUGCCUGCCCUCACUCUCCCCCACCGCUUUACAUGCCAUCACUCCACGCCAAGCUCCGCCUGGAUCCAGCGUCUCGACGCACGGAUGCCUGAAUGCACUUUCUUGGGGGAAUUUUUUCAAGCUAACUCUUUGUGUUCCCAAGCGAGUUUAUCGAGUUGGUUUGCUUUACAUCACUUUGACUGCAGGAGUCACGUCAACUGGCUCAUUCUUGUGAAAUUUUUAACUCACAUUUUAACACUUCUGAUGGAGUACAAUGUUACCCUCCCCCUCUUCUGUUUCCAUUGUGCAAUCAUUGGUGAAAACGAAACUCUCUGGGCAGGACGUGUCUCUCCCUUUCCUUAAUAGAUCUUGUGCGACCCUUGUUACCAAAUGAAUCCGGCUCUAAUGUGAAAGAGCGAGUAUAAAGCGUACCUAACAAACUCUGGGGAGAGUGUUGCUAUUGUAUAUUUGAGUUAAAAGAAAGAUUUUAAAUGCAUAGAAAUUAACUAAAUUGAUGGCGUAUGUUUUCCCAACAUCAGGAUUCUCCGCGUGUAGACAGGUUUUAAAGGAAAACUAUUAAGAAUUGUAAACGAUGUACCUUGUGCUUUUAAAUGGGUUUUCGGCCUGUGUACAAGGAGCCUCGGGGCUCCUCAGAGUUGAACUUCAGGGAGUAGUGUGUGUUUACACGUCACCUGUGCACACUUUGUGUUUCCAUUUGUAUUAGAAAAUCUGUCUGUCAUUCACAGGAACGUUUGGGUUCCUCUGUAUUCUCACCGCCUUUAAUCUGAACCCGCCAUUCACGCGAAUGUCAGAAGGUGCAGCUAUAAAAGGCACAGAAAAAUCUCCCAUAGGUCAUUUUGAUAUUUUGUAACCAACGGAUGAUCGGUUUUUGUUUGUUUUUAAUACCUUUUGGGUGAGGGCUGUUUGAAUUUGGUUGGCAUUACUUAUAAUUGUGUGUCAUACCUGCCACAGAUAUAGAUUACACGUUUUGUUUUUUUUUUUUUAUCCUAGAUUUAAACUUGUCCUACUGACUGAAUUUAGGGGAUAUGUAAGUAAUACUGAUAUAUGAGAAAUACUAGAUUGAAAUGCAAACUUAUUUUCUAAAUAAUGGGGGUUCAACCUCUGGUCAAACACUGUGCCAUCCCACAGCUGCCAAGCCCGGUCACUACUGCAUUGUCUCCUCUCCUGUUGACAGGCUAUGAAAGAGUGAUGGUUAUUUCAGUUCUGAUGGACCUGAACACUCCUAUCGCCAACACUACAAAGAAACGAAACGGGGAGCGAUAGAGAGGGGCUGGUCUACGGGGAAGGGCUACAUUUCUUGUAAAGAACAUCAGUAUUCAUUUGGUGUAGUCGAAACGGCAUACUAACGUACUGAGUACUGAAUUCGUUUUGAAAAGUGGUGCGUUAGUGUGCCGUUUCACACGCGUCCAUUGUCCUCUGGCUAAGCAUCACCACUAUAACUCAUAUGUAACCUGUAUCAAAAUGUAUAGAUCGUGUAUCAUGUUAUUGAAUGUCUAAAAAGGUUAUACAAAAAAUUUAAAAACAGAAUAAAUGGCUUGAAAUUGUAUUAAAGUAUUCAUGAAUCAGAGAAAACAAACGUCUAGAGAUAAAUGAACUAUUUUUUCUGUUCUGUAAUUACUGUUGUGUUGAUGGAGGAACACUGGUCAGAGGAUCCGCUGUAAUAAAAGUAAAUUUAGUACAAUGUCACGUCUGACUGUUUAUUUAGAAUAGUAUGAUUACUAGCAGCUGGAUGGAUUCAUACAAGCUGUUCAUGUGUCAGUCGGGGUUAUAGAUCUGAUUUAAAAUUGAAAUUUUCUUUGAGAAUUUGAUGUUGUGACUUUUUCUAAGAACUGUGAUAUAAACACAGAAUUGCGAGUUAUAAAGUCAGAAUAGCAAGACGUAACCUCACAGUUCGGACUUUUUUCUCAGAAAUGCAAGUUUACAUCGAUUGUGACUUUUCUUAGAAUUAUGAGAUAAUCGCAAUUCUUACUUUUUUCUCAGAAUUGUGUGAUAUAAACUCACAAUUGUGAGUUACAAAGGCAGAAUUGUGAGACAUAAAGUCAGAAUUACAAGCUCUAUAGAAAACUAUAAACUGAGAAAAUAUCAGUUUUUCCCCUCGCAACUGCAAGUUUAUAUCUUUAUAUAAUUGUGGGAUAAAAACUUGGAAAUUGUGAGAAAAAAGUCAGAAUUGCAAGAUUGCAGGACAAACUCACAAUUCUGAUAAAUGAAGUUGCAGUUUUGAUAAAUAAAGUCAGAAAUGAGAACUCAAUUUGGACUUUUUUCUCAGAAUUACGAGUUUUUUAAAUAUUUUUUAAUAUCUUGUGAGAUAUUAACUCGCAAUUCUUACUUUUUUUCUCAGAACUGCGUGAUAUAAACUCACAAUUGUGAGUUACAAAGUUAGAAUUGUAAGACAAACUCGCAAUUCUUAGAAAUAAAAUCAGAAUUAUAAACUAUAGAAAACUCUAUAUAAACUCUGAGAAAAUAAUUUUUUUUCCCCCCUCAAAAUUGCAAUUUUACAUCUCACAAUUCUAAAAAAAAAAAAAAGAUAAUUGUGAGAAAAAAAGUCAGAAUUGUGAGAUAAAAAUGUGCAAUUGUGAGAAAAAAGUCAGAACUGCAAGAUACAAACUCAAUUGUGAGACAAACUCGCAAUUCUGAAAAAUAAAGUUGCAAUUCUGAUAAAGGCAGAACUGUGAGACAUAAACUCGCAAUUCUUACUUUUUCUCAGAAUUGCAUGAUAUAAACACAACUGUGAGUUACAAAGUCAGAAUUGCUAGACAUAAACUCAGAAUAUGUAAAACUAUAAAAACUAAGAAAAUGUUUUUUUCCCCUCAAAAUUGGACUUUAUAACUCGCAACUGUGAGUUCAUAUCUCACAAUUAUAAAAACAAAUAAAGAAUUGUGAAUAAAAGUCAUAAUUGCAAGAUACAAACUCGUAAUUGCUAGACAAACUCACAAUUCUGGAAAAAAAGACAGGUUUGUGAGAUAUAAACUCAAUUCUGACUUUUUUUCCUCAGAAUUGCAAUUUCAAGUUCUAAGGUCAGAUUUGUAAGAUAUAAACUCACAAUUCUUACUUUUUCUCAGAACUGCGUGAUACAAACUCGCAUUGCAAGUUACAAAUAAAUUCUGAAAAAAAAGUCACUCGCAAAAAAGUUUAUAUUUUACAAUUCUGAAAAAAAAGUCAGAAUUGCAAGAUACAAAUUCACAAUUAUGAGAAAAGGUCAGAACUGCUAGGUACAAAUUCGCAGUUGUGAAAAGUGAAUUUUUAUCUUGCAAUUCUGAAUUUAUAUCUCGUAAUUGCGAGUUUUUAUCUCACAAUUCUGAGAAAAUAUAGUCAGAAAUGUUGCAAGUUGCAAGAAUAAAGUUGCAAUUACCUUUUUUUUUAUUCAGUGGCAGAAAUGGGCUUUGAUAUUUUUUUUAAUGUAUUAAGUUUCCCCAUAUCCUUUUUAAGUAAAUGUAAUUCUCAAAAAAAGUAUGUUGACUACAGUUUUGUGUAGUAUUUCACAACAGAAGACGGUUUAAUCCUGAGUUUGAAAAGUCAAAACAAUGUACAGUUGACAAAUUGUUCUAAAUUAAAAUUUUACAUUUUUGUUAAAAUGA